AUGGCUACCACCGCAACACCAAGGAAUAAUCCUAGAUCUCUUAUCCCACAUCCCGCUCCAAACAUUCUCCGCCAAGCCCUCCAAACCACCCUCCUCAACCCCCUGGAAACCGCUCUCCUCAGCGCCCCAACCAUCACCAACCCCCUCCCCACCCUGCUGACCUUCUACACCGCGCUCCUCACGAAGUGGACCGCCCCUCUUCUCUCCUCGCCAUCCGCACCAACACCCAGCCAAGUGGCCAUCCUCCUCGGUCUAGCCAAGCACACGAAUUUGCUAACGCAAACCCUCCUCACAACAUCACCCACCGCAUCCACCAUCUCCCUAAUACUAACGCACCUGUCGUCCCUCCCGCUUCUGGUCGCACCACCCCUGUCGAUCCCCCUGCCACCACCACCGCCAUUAACAACGUAUCUGAUCAUCUUCACAGCACCAUCACUCUCAACCCUAUCACGGCUCUGCUCGCUGCUCACCAGCUGGAAAGUGGCUUUCGAGAGCAACGCCAGUACAGCCCGGGAUCAAGGGCAAAUCGAAUCGCUAAAUGCAGCAUUGAUGGACACGUGCAACCUGCUCUUCCGCUCUCGGGCUUUCAACGCCGCGGAUGGACAUGCGUUGGGUUGCCUCAUCCCACCGCCUGUGGUGACUAGUCUCUCGACCUAUACGAGCGGAUUGGAUCCGCCGCAACCGCUCACGAGUCUCUUUUCACUGAGCCACAACCCAAAUGUGUCGGCCUUGAGUAUUACCGCUUUUCGCGAGGUAGAGGAUUCUGCUGAGGAUAAGCAGCCGGGGAGUGUAGCUGUGAGACAUGCUGGACCGAUCACGACGAAAAGUCUGGCGCAGUUGGGAAGGGAAGGCGGUGUGAAGAUGGGGUGGAAGGAGUACAGAGUACUUGUGCUGAGAUGGUUGGAGGAUGUUGGGGUCAGUGGAAUUGCAGACUUUGGGGCAGCGACUAUGCCCGGCAUGAAAGGUGGGCAGGAUGCGGUAGCUAGAGCGAAAGCAGGAGUGGCAUGA